AUGGGUGGCGACACAGAUGGGGUUUCUCCGUCGGGCGAGGGGGACUUUUUUUCUGUUUUGCUGCAAAACCACAUCACAGGUGUAUCUACACCUCGCUCCGACCGUCCCGCGCGGUCUCGGCCGGCUGUGCAGAAGCCUCCUCCGCCGUCUUCGUGUCCGCUAACCGCGGCUUCACUUCCUGCUUCUCGAGUUCCUUCGUUGCCGUCUGCUUCGCACUUCACCGCUGAGUCGGGCUUGCGGGCGGCGCGGCUUGUGGGCUCCUCUUUCGCGGCCUCGGCGGAGCGCCUCCAGGCGACAAAUCCGCUGUCGCUUCGGGUGCCGCGGCCUGCAUCAGGCUCGGCGCUCGCGGAGUGGAGGCUCCAAUAUGCGCCGGCGCGAGCCGAGCGCGGGCGCUUCGCCGAGCGAAGGCCCUCGCUGAACCCGCCUUCGCCGCUCUCCACCGACUGGGCCCCAGCCGAGCCCGAAGGCGACUUCGCUUGGUCCGCCGCCGCCGCGCGCCGCGGGAGAGAACACCCCGAUGUUGGCGAGCACGUUUACCCCGUUCUCAGGAGCCGGACGUCCUCGUUGGAGGUUCUGGAGAAGCAUAAACAGACUCUGUGGGACGGCGGGGCUGCCGGCGCGCGAGAGGCGCUUUCGGGAGCGACCCGCGACCUCGCGCUUCCGCGCACCGAGGCUUCGGCGCGAAAUCGAGAGAGGCCGCAGGAGGGCGGGGAGCGCUGGCUGCCACAGAGCGGCCGACGGGACGAAGAGGGCAGGGCGGCGCCGCGGCUGAGGCGAGGCGCUCACGAGCUCCCCUGCACCGCCGGCGAGGGGCGCCGGAGACGAGCGCGCAGAGGAGACGACGCGCGAGAGGAGGACGGGGACAGAGACUGUGCAGGUCGAGAGCUGAGGCGAAGCAAGAGUGUGGUGGCACACGAGGCAGCGACUGAGAGCGAAGCCUCGGCGGAGGAGAGAGAAGAGCGAGCCAAGCGGCGAGAGGUCAAGCGGGCCUCGCUGCGACGAAGCGAGUCCGAGUCGGCGCAAAGAGUCAGCAACGCGGACGCGAAGAGGGAAAAAUCCAAAAUAAAGACAGGCCUUCGUCGCGUCUGCCACCUCUCUCUGCUCGCGCGCGCCGAGCACCGCCACCUCGCGCGGGGAGCGGGCUCGCGCCGCGCCCGCAGCAGCCCCGCAGUCCCUCACGACGAGGAGACAGAGGGGACUCUGGUGACACUGGAGACUGAGGAGGAAGAGGAACUGAGUACGUGUGCGACGCUUCAGUCUUGCCCGUCGACCUUGGAGGCUUUUUCUUCGCGGUCGCUUCUGGGCGCUCGCCGCAGCGCCUCCUUGCACCGCCUCCCGUCCUCUGUCUCUCUCGCGCGGGGUGUCUCCUCGAAGGCACACGGGCGUGGCGUGCAUGCGCGGGCGCUGGAGAGGCGACGGCUCACCAGCGACAGCAGUGCGGGGGUUUCGCAUGCGCGGUCGAGCUCGUCGGCGGCUUUCUUCAGAAGCAAGGUCGCCUCCUCGCACGGCCGCGAGGCAGCACGUGCUGUCUCCCGCGGAGACUCGCUAUCGCCCGCGCCGCUGUCGCCCCUGAGCGAAGCGACGUCGCUUCAGACUGCGGGUGCGGCUGACGGCGCAGAGGAGACGCAUCCGGCUGGCAGAAAAGAGCCCAGGCGGCGCACAGCUGGCCAGGGCAGACUCGGCGAGGGGCGAGGCAAGCGGCUGUCGCGGAGGAGCUGUGCGUCAGAACUCAAGAGAACCGAAAAGGAACACGCUCUGCGAGCGGCAAGGCGCCGAAGGGCGGAAGAGCGCGCCUGGGGCGGUGUCCGUACCGCGACUGAGAGCGAGACUGACGAUGAGCUCGACGAAGACGAACCGACGAAGAAGGGAAGGAACGCGAGGAGAGAGAGGGAGCGCGCGACGCCUGGUCAGACGCAGAGAAAGGAUGUCCUCCAGGUGCGAGGCGAUUCAGAGAGUCGGCGUAGUCCGCGGAACGUCACUAGUCUCUCGCAUGUCUGCACACCUCUCGAAAGUCACCCCGAAGGCAAGGAGAGGAUUUUGUCACGUCAGGGUCUCGACGCCGCUGCGUCCUCUCCGCUCCUGGGUCUGCUCGCUGCGCAGACGAGCGCGACGAACACUUGGGUAGGAGGAGAGGCCUGCGUGGAACGAGGCGAGCGCGAGCAGCAGAUCGUGGUUUCCUCCUGUGCGUCGUUGGCGCCCGCCCCUCCUGGUCCUGUGCAGUGUUAUGCCUCUCUCCCUGAUGUCAACGGCAGCAGCGAGAGCGGCUUCGCGCAGCUCCUCGACGAGGUCCUGCGCUCGUCUCCGCAGUUGCUCUCCAGCCUCCUUCAGUCUUCGUCUGCGCAUGAGCUUCUUGCGAAGCACGCGCUUCAGCUGGUGAAGAAGCAGACCGCAGCGACCUCCCUCGGCGCUCCUUCUAUCUCCGCCGACUCCUCGGCCGUGCCCAGCUCCUCCUCUGCGUCCCUGCGGACCAGCGCGUACACGUCUCCCGGCCGCCCUUCGUCUUCUGCGCCUUUCUAUGCCUCGCAGCCGGUGCAGGCCUGCGAAGUCCUCGCCGCUGUGGGUCGGUUGGCUCUUCAGCCCUCCGCAGCGAGCCCGUCGCUUUCUUGCGCCCCGCAGCUCUGUCUGCCUCAAGCCAACGCGGCCAGCGAUGCGGCGCCGGCAGGGCGUGGGGGGGUCGGCACCACAGACCAGCGCCAAGAGAGCAAGUCCAACGCGCGAGAAGGUAGAAAAACCGAAGAGGCUCGAGCGAGCGGGAUUCACACGGCGAAGGAGAGACAGGCGCUGCGGCGGACUCUGCUUGCCAAGUGCCAGGGAGACGUUCAGGAGAUGAAAGAGAGAGUGCUGCACCUGCGAGUCGGAGUCGAACAAAACCUGUCAGACAUGAAAGAGUGGAUGGUGACGGCCGCCGACGAGAUCGCGCAGGUGUACGUACACCACCCUCACCCGGGACACGCGUCUGAAGACGCACUCGCUGUCGCCAAGCUCAAAGAGGAACUGGAGAGAGAGCGUUCGGCAUUUUCGCUGUCGCAAACGCAGCAGCAGGAGCGCCUCUCCCUUCUGCAGCUCCAGGUGUAUGGCCUCGAGGAGCAGCUGAUGCUCGCCGAGACGACUCGCGACAAGCACGAGAAAGCACUCGAGCAAAUGCGACUGCUAGCCAAAGAGGAGGCAGAGACUCAUCGCGACAAGGUUCGCAGUCUCCGGGCGGAGCUCGAGGCCCUGAAAGAAGAGAAAGACGAGCGUGAGCAGGAGGAAGAGAAGAGGCGAUGCAGGCAGACCGACGCCCUCGAGGAAGCCAAAGGCCAGCUGGAGCAGACGAUGAAGGAGCGGCAGAAACUCGAGUUGCAGCUGAAGCGGAUGACCGUCGAGCAAGAAGAGCUUCGGCGCGAACAAGAGACGCUGCGCAGCAAGCUGAAGGAGAGCGAAGAGGCUCUGCGGGAGACGCGCGAGCGAGAAGAAGUGGAGAGGAAGAAGCGGGAGGCGCUGGGAGAGGAGAAGGCGAAGAGCGACCGCGAAGAAGCGAAACUAGUCGAAGACAUUCAGCGUCUUCACGCGGCCCUGGGCGCCAAGGAGGGCAUUCUCACGGAGAUGAAGAAGGAAACGGAACUUGUCAAGCAAGAGCUCGAGCAAGAGAAGCAGCUGCGAGCGCUGCGCGAGCAGGACAAGGCGGAGGCCGAGACAGAGCUCGCUGAGCUGCGGAAGCGCGAAGAAGAGGAGAAGGAGAAGACGCAGAAUCUUCAGCAGGAGCUGACGCGCCUGCAGCGAAACGUCGAGCAGACGCACAGUCAGCGGGAGCAGGAGACGCGCAGACAGGAAUCCGAGAAAGAGAGGCUGCGGAAGCAGAUCGAGGAGCUAGAGGCCGAGAGGCAGGCGAUGCAGGCCGAUGCCACCGCGCGCCUGGAGGAGCAUCUGCGAGCCGAGGAGAAGCUGCGAGAGGAGGCGCAGAGUCUGCGGGUCCAGCAGCGAAGAAAAACGAGUGUUGAGGAAGAGCUGCUGGCGACGAAAACCGAGCUGCAGCACCUCAAGGACGAACUCAAGGAUCUCUUGGCGGAAGAAGUCGGAAAGCGCGAUGCGCUCGCGGAGGAGAACGCGAAGCAGCAGGCGGAGCUCGAGAGCAAGCAAGGCUUGGUCCGCUCACUCCUGCAGCAGAAGUCCACGCUGGAAAUCAAGCUCCAGGAAACGCAGAGGCGCGAGAUGAACCUGCAGCGCGACGUUCGGAAGGCCGAAGAGGAGAUCCAGACCCUGAAGCAAGCGGCCGCGGACGCGCAGCUCGAGCGGGACCAGCAAAAGCUUGCUAUACAGAGAAAAGACAUGGAAGAAGAACGCCUCAAGCAGCACAUCAAGAAACUCGAUCUCGCGGCGAACGUGCACCAAGAAGAACUUCUUCGGCGGCAGCAGAAUUUGACUGAGGCGCUGGAGAGGCACCAAGCGACCUUGCGCGCGGCCUCCAAGUGGAAGUCUCUAUAUACCUCACAGCAGAGCGAGUUGCAGCAGCUGCGGGGGCAGCUUGUGACUCUACAUCGUUCGCUGUUGAAGCGAGGAGAAGAAGAAGACUCGCUUCUUUUCCUGCAUCUGGAAGACCAGCUUUCAGUCUGUCCCCCACAGGAAGGCCAGGAAGGCGGCGACGCUAUCCUCGAUGAGCUCGAGCAGCUAGAGGCGACGGAUGGGCGGGGAACGAAGAGACGCGAGGGCGACGAGCAGCUGGCAGGCGACCCGCAGCGCGGCGUGCGCACAGCUGCGGCGAGAGCGUUAGCGCUGCUCCUGAAUGCGCCCGUCUUUCAGCCGACCCACAGCAAGCGUGUGUCCUCUCUUCUCUUGAAAGACGAGGACCCGGCGGCAGAGGGCCUGCCAGACGCCUCUUCGCGAGAGAGGGAAGAGCGCGAAGAGGUUGAAGCCAAAGGACGUGGCAGCGAGAAAUCAGGCAGUUCCCGCUCGCCUCGCCCCUCCGCAGUCGGGGGACUCUCCUUGGCGCUACUCGAAGCCGCGGGCCGCGGCGAGGCUGCUGAGGCUGCCGACGAGGCGACCGGCAGCGAUCUCUCUUCUUGCUCUCCAGUUUCGUUCUGCAAGCCCUCGCGGAGUCGCGGCCGAGCGCAGGCUGCGACUGCGGUCACAGCCAGGGAGGAGGCGUAUGCCUUCCACGGCGGAGCGACGCAGAGCCGCGACGAGCAUGGGAAGCGCGAAGACGGUCGCGACAAGAUGAGCGAGGAAGGCACGCCGCGGUUUGGGCCGCGGGAAGUGCGAAUAGGCCUUCUGGAGGUCUGCGCGUCCAGCGGCAUCAAGAGACAGUCCCCGCCAGCCGAAGACCGGCUCUCGUCGCGCGAAACGGCAGGCUCCUCUUCGUCCCUUCCUGGCCUUCCGACCGGCACCACUAGCCGACAGACGACGGCAAGCAGCGACGCAUCAGACACCGUGGUUCGGCUUGUAGAGGUGGCGGGCGAAGGCCGCGGUAGAGACGCGUUUGGCAGGCGCGAGGAAAGCAACGAGAACUCCAGAGAAGCUGAACGCGGCGGACGCCCGCAGGACGCAAACGCCGGAGACGAGCUGAGGCUUCAGAAGACGAACGAGCUAAUGCAACUGCGCAGACAGAUCGAGGAAGUUCGGAAGGAGGAAGGCACGCGAACCCGAGAACUUUCUCAGCAUGUGCACACGGUGUACACGCUGGAGGAGGAGCUGGCGGCUGCCGAGGAGAAUCUGUCGCGCGCCACCUGUACCUGCGAGAUCGCGUUCCACGACAUCCUCGCGCAGAGCGGGCGGUAUCACGUGUCGGCCGAGAUUUUGCAGAAAAUCGAGGCCGCCGGGAAGGACGUGAGUCUCCUGCCCUCUCUGCGGCAGAUGCUACGAGCGCACCUGAGGGAGAAAGAGAAGAGCCAGAGAGGGUAUGCGGAGGCGACGGCAGCCAAGCCGCGGAGGCGCGGGCCUCUCGGCAGGUUCGACUUGCGAGACAAGGCCGAGAGAGACCUGGAUCGCGAACCCCUCAGCGACGACGAGCAACAAGAAAUGGUUCUAUGGAUGAAUCACUUGGUCCAGGAAACGGAGAGAGCUUGUUUCAUUUUGGAGGGUGCGCACGCGGCUCGAGAUGCUGCGGCUCGCGAGCGCCAGCAGCUGCAGCAGCAAGUCGAAGUUAUUUCGUCGGAACUCCGAGAAAAGCGUCUGCGUUUGCGCUCACUUGACGACGAGGCCAAGCGCCUUUCUGCGUCGCUCUCCAAGCUUCGAGAGAAAGAGCGCACGUGCCUCCUCGUGAUUCAAGGCGGGAAGGCCCGGUCGCGCAGUCGCCCGCUCCUCAACGUUUCCCGAGCCGCCGGAGGCGUAGCCACAGUUCUGAAGCAAUCUGCGGAGACUGUCUUCUCCGUUCACGCGUGCACCGAAGCAGUCGGCGUGAAUGGGCUGGCGACUGGACGCGAGCGAGAGCCAAGGGACGAAAAAAGUCAGUAUUCCGCCGGGAGACGAACCUCUGACGGCCAGCGGAGGCAAGGCAGGGGACACAGAGAACUCAAGUCAAUCUCCUCACGCACAGAAGAUGACUCCUUCUUGGGUAGCGCGGGACAGGGCGAGGCACUCCUGCGGCAACACACUGACGCCUCUUCUUCAGGCUCAGCUGGCGAGCACAGGGGAGACGAAGUAAGGCGAAUUAGAAGCGAGAGUCUAUCCGCUUUGGUCGACGAAGAGGAAAAGCGGCAUUCACUCUAUAAGUGCGCAGAAAACGAGGAAUCGGUGUUUUCUUCGUCGACCUCGGUUUUUGACCGGUUGGAGAUGGAGCACCAAGCUGCCGCCAGCGCUGAUGAGAGCGGCGCCCACGGAGGACGACGAGCCGGGGGCUGUACGUCGGAAGACCCACGCAUGCAUUCCAAAUCCGAUUCCUCGCGGUCUCACAUUGCGCAGAGCGGCCGCGACAUGCAGGCUAGCAGCGGAGGGUGUUCGUUCUGGGUUCCGUGGUCGGAGUCAAAAGGGGCGCUCGAGGGUCUCCGUGCUGGGAGCGUGCAGGCACCCGGCGUGAAACUCGCCAGCAAGUGA